GUGAGCCGCGAAGCUCUCGAAAAACGAUAUAAGCAAGGCUGGGUUGUUGAAGUUGAGGAUGACAUUGAUAAAUUAACUCGAAGGAUUCGAUUGGCACGCCAGAACAAAGAAAUAGUCAGCAUUGGUUACCAUGGUAAUGUUGUAGAUGUAUGGGAGAGAAUGGUGCAAGAGUUCGAAACUAACGGAGAAAGGCUAGUAGAUUUGGGUUCGGACCAGACAUCUUGCCACAACCCCUUCAAUGGGGGAUACUAUCCUGUCCAGUUGACAUUUCACGAAGCUCAGCAGCUUAUGAAUGAUGAUCCAUUUCGAUUCAAAACUUUAGUUCAAGAAAGUUUGAGAAGACAUGUUGAAGCAGUUAACAAGAUGUCUGGGGCCGGCAUGUUUUUUUUUGACUACGGGAAUGCAUUUCUCUUAGAAGCAGAUAGAGCAGGUAAGUGA